UCACAAUUAUCCUUCCUGCCACAACUGCUGAGCGUGACUUCGUAAGCUCUCCAGAAAAGCCCCACCAAAAACAACUAAAACCAAACUAACCCUAACUGCUUCCAACGCUCGUGGGGAUCAUUUAAAAAACCACCAUCUUCGUUGAAAACCAACCUUUUUUUUUAUUUUUUUGCCCUUCCAAAGAAGAGAACCCCCCCCCCACCCCCCCCCUCCUCUGCCAGACUCCACGCCACCAUGCACUUGUUGUCCAGCAGCUGCGUGGGAUCCCUCGUCCUCGUCCUCGCCACGCUUCUCUGUCGAGUGAGCUGCACUGAGACGGUGGUAGGCCUGUACGGUGAAACGCUUGAGAUUCCGUGCAACAAAGGAGCCGUAAAAGGGGAAAAAGCGACGUUCACUCAAUGGAAAUAUGACAAAGGAGACAGAAUUCCAAGACUCCUCUUGAAGAAAAAAAUAAAUCAGAGCAUCUCCAUUGAUGCCAGUGAUGAAUACAAGGACCGCAUAAACCUGGCUGCCAACUUAAGUCUGCUGUUGACUGCCGCCAAGUUAACCGACCAGCACUUGUUCACCUGCAUGGUUCUGCAAGUGGACGGCAUCAUGGAGUACCCGGUUCAGGUGGUCGUCAACAAGGCGCCUGAAGGUGUGGAGAUUUCUGACAAAGCAGAAGAGCUUGAGUUUGGCAAACUCACUAAGUUGGCCACAUGUGUCGCACGAGAUGCCAACCCGGCGGCCAAAAUCAUAUGGCUAAAGAACAACAAAUCCCUGUCGGAUGAUGGAAAAGGCAUUUCCAUCCAAACCUCCGUGGAGGUUGACCCAGUGACCAGUCUGUCCACCACCACCUCCACGCUAGAGUACUCUGCUAACAAAGAGGACACAUACGCUCAGUUCUCGUGCAGCUCCCAGCACAGCGUGGGCAAGCCGAUGACAUCUUCUCCACUCACCUUUAACAUCACAUACUCGACCGAGCAUCUCAUCCUGCAGGUCAACGCACAGGAGCCUCUGGUGGAAGGAGACAACGUGACUCUGAAGUGUGUGGCGGACGGCAACCCAGCUCCAUCCAGCUUUAACUUCCACCUGAAGGGGAACGUUGUGACUGUGAAUAACACGGACACAUACACCCUGACUGAUGUUUCACGUGACGCCACCGGCGAAUACAAAUGCUCCUUAAUUGACAACCCCUCCAUGGUGGCUUCCAAGGAGGUCACAGUCAAUUACCUAGACAUCAAUUUAAGUCCCACUGGGAGCGUUGUCAAGAAGGUUGGCGAGGCUUUGGAUGUAAAUUUCCAAAUCAACUCUUCAGGGGCAUCAAAGGUCUCCUGGACUAAGGACAAAGUCAAGCUGCAGAAAGAGCCCAAGUUUCACAAGCUGACGUACUCAGACUCUGGCCACUAUGAGUGUGAAGUGACAAUGGGGGCCCUCAUCAAGAAGCUUUCUUUUAAACUGCUCGUUGAAGGCGCUCCAGUGAUCAAGCAGCUGUCCAAACACCGCGGUGAAGAUGGUCAACAUAAAGUCUUGAUUUGUGAGGCCGAGGGCUCUCCAAAGCCAUCUGUUUCCUGGAGCAUCAACGGCACAUCGCUUUAUGAAAGUCCUUUUGUCAACGGGAAGGUCACGCACAAAAUCACAGUGGUGCCCACUGUCAACCUGACCGUCUUGUGCACCGUGUCCAACACGUUUGGCGAGGACAUGCGGGAAAUCAGCGUGUCCCCUCUAUUUGGGGAGGUGAGAGUGGAUAAACGAGACCAAUCAGAGGACGGCGAUCGGACCAAGUUGGUGGUCGGAGUCGUGGUCGGAGUUCUCAUCGUGGCCAUGGUUAUUGGUCUGGCGUACGGAAUCUACCAGAAGAAAUCCAAGCAAGGGAGCUGGAAGACCGGCGAAAGGGAGAACGGCUCCUCUGAGGAGGAGAAGAAGCUGGAAGAGAAAGUGGAGGAGAACAGUCAAAAAGCUGAAGUGUAGAGGAGGGGCGGGGGGGGACGAGCGAGCAUCCUUUGGGAAUGUGAAAGUGAGAAUAUGGAACUUUGCACGUUUCGCCUCACCUCAUCUUUUGGGAAAAAAAAAACAAGUGUAAAGUUUGAUUUCAGGGAUAAUUUGACUACACAUCGAAACCGACCUGUGAUUUAAAAAAAAAAAAACCAACCCACUACCACCACCUGCGUGGAUGCUGUCUGCUUCACUGGAUCCACAUGUAAGUAUGUUAGGAUCACCUCACCUUUGUUAGAAACUUGAACUUUUUGGUUUAGUCGCUGCAAGUGGAAUCACUUUUUAGACCAGUUUGCCUUUGCUGUAAAAACCCGUGUAGGCCUGCGUCACGUCAAUGUUUAGUGUACAUAUGUUUGGGUUCGUUCAGGCAGGCGAGGAGAAGUCGCCGGAAGGGCUGAGAGGCGUUUGCUUAGUCGUGGUUACAAAUUGCAGGAAAAUGUUUGACAUUUUGUUGUCAAAUAGACAACGCGCCAUUUUGCUUCCUUUUUUUUUUUUUUUUUUUUUUUCCAAAUGUACUGUAUGUUGGCCGUAACCACUGGAUGACACACAAGCAGGCGCAACACCCAAAAGCAGUGAAGUUUGCAAUGAUUUGCAAAUCCUUUUCAAUUUAUAUUUAACUGAAUGAGCUGCAAAGACAAGAUACUUAACGUUCCAACUGAGAAACGUCAUUCUUUUUUGCAAAUAAUCAUAGAAUUUAGAAUUUAAUGGUAAAUGGGUUAUACUUGUAUAGCGCUUUUCUACCUUCAAGGUACUCAAAGCGCUUUGACACUAUUUCCACAUUCACCCAUUCACACACUGAUGGCGGGAGCUGCCAUACAAGGCCCUAACCCCGACCCAUCAGGAACAAGGGUGAAAGUGUCUUGCUCAAGGACACAACAGACGUGACAAGGUUGGUAGAAGGUGGGGAUCGAACCAGGAAUCGUCAGGUUGUUGGCACAGCCACUCUCCCAACCGCGACACGCCGUUCCAAUGGCAGCAACACAAUGCAAAAAAGUUGGCACAGGGGCAUUUUUACCACUGUGUCACAUGGCCUUUCCUUUUAACAACACUCAGUAAACGUUUGGGAACUGAGGAGACCAAUUUUUGAAGCUUUUCAGGUGAAAUUCUUUCCCAUUCUUGCUUAAUGUACAAUUUAAGUUGUUCAACAGUCAGGGGUCUUCGUUGUCUAAUUAAGGCUUUAUAAUGCGCCACACAGACCGGUUUGGACUAGUACCUGCACUCUUUUACUACAAAGCGACGCUGUUGUAACACGUGCAGAAUGUGGCUUGGCAUUGCUUUACUGAAAUAAGCAGGGGCGUCCAUGAAAAAUACAUUGCUUCAAUGGCAAGAUAUGUUACUCCAAAACCUGUAUGUACCUUCAUGAUGUGUAAGUUACCCAUGCCUGGGGCACUAAUACACCCCCAUACCAUCACAGAUGCUGGCUUUUCUACUUUGCGCUUAUAACAAUCCGAAUGUUUUUUUUCCACUUUGAUCCGGACGACACAACGUCCACAGUUUCCAAAAAAAAUUUGAAAUGUAGACUCGUCAGACCAUGGAACACUUUUCCACUUUGCAUCAGUCCAUCUUUGAUGAGCUCGGGCACAGCGAAGCCGGCGUUUUUUCUGGGUGUUGUUGAUAAAUGGCUUUGGCUUUGCAUAGUAGAGUUUUAACUUGCACUAACAGGUGUAGCGACGAAUUGUAGUUACUGACAGUGGUUUUAUGAAGUGUUCCUGUGCCCAUGUGGAGAUAUUCUUUACACACUGAUGUCGCUUUUUGAUUCAGUACUGCCUGAGGGAUCCGAGGUCAUGGGCAGUCAAUGUUACAUGUCGUGAUUUCUCCAGAUUCCCCAAAACUUUUGAUGAUGGAGAAAUCCCUAAAUUCCUUGCAGUAGCUCGUUGAGAAAUGUUCUUAAUCUUUUGGACAAUUUGCUCAAAAAGAGGUGACCCUCGCCCCCUCCUUGUCUGUGAAUUACUUAGCAUUUCAUAGAAGCUGCUUUUAUACCCAAGCAUAUCACCCACCUGUUCCCAAUUAGCCUGUUCACCUGUGGGAUGUUCCAAAUAAGUGUUUGAUGAGCAUUCCUCAACUUUCUCAGUCUUUUUGUCCACUUGUGCCAGCUAUUUUGAAACAUGUUGCAGGCAAGCAAAUAGUAGCAAAAAAUAAAGUUUUCCAGUUUGAGCGUUAAAUAUUUUGUCUUUGCAGUUUAUUAAAUUGAAUAUAGGUCGAAAAAGGAUUUGCAAAUCAUUGUAUUAUGUUUUUAUUUACCAUUUACACAACGUUUUGGGGUUCGUAGAUGGUGUUAUGUAUGCGCUCCAUCAGUUUAAAGAUGUCCGUCAUGCUUCUUUCUGCCUUCUUUGUAAGAAUAAAUGCUUGUUUCUUCAGUUAGUGAUGUGCACUAUAGGAGUCGUAUUUCCCAUGGCAGUUUGCAUCCAAAAACAUCUGCUAGAGCUCAAAAUGUGGUAGACCAGGAUGUCGUUGUGAAGUAUGAACUUUUUUGUUGUUGUUUCUAUUUAUGUUGUACAAGAUGAAAGAUCCUGGUCGGCAAAAUAAAAAUGAAAAUUAUUUUUUUUCAUCCCACCUUUUUAAAUCGGACACGAAAUGUAGUUAAUUUUCAUGUCGGUUGCUUCGCGUCUGCUCGAAUGAACGUCUCCGCAUGCAAUGACGUCAUCGGACCUCGGAGCAACCCACCCGGUGUGGAAACAACCAAUUGGAAGAAUGACCAAAGAAAAGUGAAAAUUGCCAUGCAAGUAUUGUAAAUAUCUGUUUUGACUUUUUUUGUACUUUUGUUUAAAAUAAAGUGGACAUUUGGAAAAACA